ACCAACAACAAAAAAAAAUAAUAAUAGUAAUAACACAUCCCCUCAUUUGCUUCCUUCUUUGAUAUCGAAUCCACUCUGGUAAAACAGCAACAACAAGAACAUUCAAAACCAGGAAACUACAGGAAAACAACUUUUAAAUGUCCCAGUCAAACUUAUACCCAUCCUUGCCGGGAGAUGACCUGCGUUCACAAACCCAGGUCGAUUCUCCAAGGGUCCUUGUCCAUGAAUACAAUGGCAACUUCAACCAGGCAGAGGAAAGAAAGACCAGCGAUAGCACCAAUAUCAACAGCAGUUUGAUCACAACUGCUGUUGCAACAACAACAACAACAACAACAAUAGCAGCAGCAGCAGCGACAACAACAACAGCAACGGCGAUCGCAGCACCUUCAGCAACCGCAUCACGAGCUGUCACCACAACUACAACCACGUUGAACCCAACCAUGACCCUGUCAACCAACCCACCGAUCCCGCUGUCGACCUACAUUUCGCUUUCGCAGGUCGCGAUCUCUUCGGCUCUCAAGGUCGCUAUGGUAUCGACGAGUAUGUCCCUGGGCGUCGCAAGGACGAUCGUCUCGGGUCUGGAUACGGUCCUGGGAUACGCUGUCAAGGGCGUUGUCGGACAGAACGAUGAAGGCAGUCGAGGACUUUCACCAGCGUUUAUUGCCUCAUUACCCUUCCGCGCUGCCUUGUUGGGAAUCAACUUUAGCGAUAUCCUGGUCCAAACGAUUCUGGAGACCGUUGAUGGCUCCGUCAACUUGGCCCUCACCACUGUCCAGGACGGUCUAGAUCUCAUGGACACACUCUUCGGACCCGAUAGCACAUCCCAGACCGGCGAAACCUUCCGUGAGGUCUGGGCCAUCCUCAACCGCGAAUUCAUCCAAUCUGGCGACGGUGAGGGUGGAGCUGGCGGUUAUCCUGCCUUGGAGGGCAUGCGCCUCCUCAUGGCCUAUGUCGCGAUCCAGUUUGCGACCUCAGAGCAGUGGGAAACGAUCCGAGUCAGGACCCAGGGUCGUCUUAUCGGAGAGUGUUUGGAAUCCAAGGACGAAGAGCUGGGGUCGAGCACGGCAUGGAGCGCACUUGCGGCGUGGCCCGAGGAGUGGACCAAGGGUCAUCGUGGGUUGACGACCGAGGAGCGCUUGCAAGAAGAACGGAUCCUGGAGCUUCGAGAGCAGCGCGAGGGUCGUACUGCGGCCUCGUUCUCUGCUUAUGCGCCAGGCACGCCGUCGAUGAGAUCAGGAUCGCCGAACCCAGAGUUGACCAACUUUUUGGCAGCGUCUUACAGGUUCUCGAGGUUCUGCUCGGCGAUGUAUGGAUCGACGGCGUUAGAGUUCAUGGGCGCACCAGAGAGAUACCCUCCACCACCCAUCCCGGUCUCGACGGCUCCUUCGGCGCCACCAGCGCCCGCUAGUUUGCACACGACUCCGUCUGCGUCGCCGUUAGCUACUGAGUUGCCUCGUACGACCAGUACGAGCGAUCAUCACUUCCAUUGUUAUACCGGCACCCCCCUGGGUUCUAUCCUUUACUCUUCUGAUACCGCGGCGACGAUCCAGGAUGGCUACUACAGUCCUCGCUACUACCUGUUGGAUGAUGUCGAGUCCAAGCAGAUCGUGUUGGUUCUUCGUGGUACAAAGUCGUUGCAUGACCUCAUGAUCGACUUGACCUGCGAUGCUGCCGAUCUGUGGCUCGACCAUGAUACCACCCCGCUGGUCGAUUCUCAAGGAAACAUAGUCGACAGGGAAGCUCAGCAACAGCGAAGGAAGCGACCGUUCAAGGUGCAUGGUGGGUUCCUUAAGGCUGCGAGGACGAUCGCCUCGGCUGAUACGAUCGGUAUCCAAGAAAAGGUCAAGGCUGCACUCGAGUCACGACCGGACUAUUCGCUGCUGUUGGUCGGACAUUCCUUGGGUGCGGGUAUUGCAUCGAUCUUGUCGAUGCUCUGGGCGGAUCCCGCCACGGGCUUCACGCCAGAGGUGCCUAGCCAUUCCAGUGCGACUGCGACGACUGCUCCACAUGUGGGACUUGGACUGGCCUCUGGAUUGGGUUUGGGAGUGGAAGUGGACGAUGCGAGAGGACGACUUUAUUUGCCAGGAUAUCUGCCUCAAAACAAUGCCGAGUCGUUCUUGCCACCGGGUCGUCGUGUGAGGUGCUAUGCCUACGGCAUACCCAAGGUGAUGUGCCCCAGGAUGAGCAAGCGUGCCAUCAAGCUCGUAACAAGUCUCUCGUAUGGCGAUGAUGUCGUCGGACGUCUCUCGCUGGGAAGCGUUCGAAACAUCGGGCAUGCCAUGCGGGCCCUUCUGGCGAUGCGUCCGCCACCUCCCCCCUCGCCGCCAGCAACUCCGUCGCCCCCUUCUUCACCUCGAAUGGGUGCCACUUCGACUGAAAUAGAAUCCGAUAAUGCGUCGAUCCGGUCCAUCAAAUCGACGGUACGCUCGGGUCUGUACUCGACCAGCCCCUCGUCCUCACCUUCAUCGCCACCCCGGGCGUCGCACACUACCGGAGGACAUCUUCAUCCGCCACUUCAGCGUCAGCAUUCUUCGGAUUCUGUGCGGACGUUCCAGACGACGACGACGACUUCGCCGGGAUCAUUGCACCCGGAUUCACAGAAUACGGACAAACUGCUGUACAGGAUGUAUGCGGUCCCGGAGCCGGAACAUGUGUUUGACGAGAUGUUGUUUUCGAGAAGGAUGUGGUCGGAUCAUUUGCCGUUGACGUACGAGUUUAUCUUGGCGGGUAAGCAUGCGAUCCCGGUGACCAGCCCCGAGGCCCAGAAGGAAAAGGAGGAAAUUGUUGCGGCUUCUGCGAGAGGAAGUGUUGCUGUUUGAAAAUAAUAAUAAUAAUAAUAAUAAUAAUAAACAUAGUGAUAUGACUCCUACAAUAAAACGAGUUUGUAAAUUGAACCUG